GCCCGACUCCUCCUCCGCGUGGCCCGGCGGCCACACCGGUCCCAGGAAGCCGAGCGGUAGGAGGAAGCGCGGGGGCCGAGCGGGUCCCUGGGUGCGGCAGCGCGGCUCCCUCAUGGAGCCCAACGUGCGCUUCUGGAUCGCCGAACGUCACUCUUUCAUUCAGAGAUUUCUUCAGUGGACAGAAUUGUUGGAUCCUACAAAUUUGGUUGUUUCAAUUGAAAAAAUAGAGAAAUCAAGGCAACUAUUGUUAAAAAAUGAAGAUGCAGCCAUCCGGGACUUGGAGAACCAAAGGAUAAAAGACGCCUGGAAGAGAAGUCUCUCAACAGUGCAUCCCGACAGCAGCAAACUGAUCCCCGUUCCUUUUCGACCUGCAGCUUUCCUACCUUUCACGGCGCCCAUGGUAUUUUUCUCGAUGCUGUCGGUAAAAAGUCUGAAGUCCCUGGUUUUACCUCAGGUUUCCUUCUAUACCUACACUACAGCAUUCAACAUGGUCAAUGGGAAUGCAAGUUAUAAUCGUCACCUAUAUGAGAGUCUGUUACUAGGGACAGGAGUGAUCGCCUCUUCCUCCUUUUUUGGAUUAUUUCCUGUUUUGUUCCAGAUGCGGGUGAAUCACGUUUUGUUGAAAAGAGCCCUUCCCAUCAUCAUUCUCACCCACGUUAGUGGAAUGAAUGUUGUUGCCACCCGAAGUCUGGAGCCCAUUCGAGGCAUUGAAGUCAUGGACAAAGAAGGCAAUGUCAUGGGCUAUUCCAGAAAAGCCGGGACAAAGGCCAUUAAAGAUACAGCGACGUCCAGGUUAGUACUGUUCGGGACCACCGCUUUCAUCCCUGAAGUCUUCUCACACUUUUUUGUGAGGACCCAGUUUUUCCGGCAGUAUCCAUGGUCAUUGUGGACCUUCAAGCUGUCUUGUACUGUCUUAGUAAUGGGACUGAUGGUGCCACUUUCUUUUAGUCUAUUCCCACAAAUGGGACGGAUACAGUGCAGUGAGCUCGAAAAGGAAAUUCAGUCUGUGACCGAAGAAACAGAACUCUUCUAUAACAGAGGGGUAUAAGAACGCGUUUUCAGUGAGUUUGGUUCCUGCUUGAACACCUUCCUCGCUGCUCGAGGCAUCCAUUCGGAGGACCCUGCGGGAGGUCUGGAACCGAGGUGCCCGCGCCCACAUGUUGCCUUACACGUACACAGGCCACGACCGACCCCAGGCUAGUGCCUGGGCUUUCAAGCCUGGGUGGACGAAGAGAAAGGAGAGGCUGUCCUGUCUGACCCCCCGCACGGGGCGGCAGAAGGAACGGCUGAUGGAGGAGUCAGUGUUCUGGGUGUUCAUCAGCCUCGGAAGGAUACUGUGAAAUGACUAAUAAACUUAUCGAAAGUUGAGUCGUUGAAAAAAUCCAGUAGGAGGGUCCACCAGGCCCAGGGCCCAGGCAUUCAUUGCACUGACGGCCCAUCUCACGGUAAACUUCUGGUGAGCACUGAAGGCCUCCGAGCCCCAGAGCCAUCCCGUCUCCCUCCUCAGCGUCCUGCCAUUUUGGACUGCUUAGAAUCUUUGCCCUCAGCUGUCCGCCUCCUCUCCCCUCACUGGAGAACGACCCUGCCUCCUCCUUCACAGUGAAAACCAGGACUGCUGGCCGGCAACAGAACCUCCCGGCACCAAAUCUGCAGGCCUCUUGCCACCCACGCCCGGCCUUCCCUCCUCCUCGCAAGGUCAGCUGGGCCCUGGCCCUGGGCUCUGGGCCCCUCCCGCCUCCUGAUUUCCUCAGGGCCUCGCUCUCCAGCUCCUCCCUCCUUCCCGGUGGCAUACGAACUACUUGAGUCACCAGCCUUAUUAAAAAAGCAAACAACUUUUGAGAGCCAAA